UGUAGCUUCUCAAGAGAGUACAGAGUUUACAGUUGUGCAGGCAACACCCUUCGCCUGCUCUUGCACGGAGGCGUUCCCUGGAAACAACCCAGCCCAAGACGUUUCUCACGAGGCACCACAUCACACUAUAGAGCCACCCAACGAAUACCCAUAUGUGAAACUUAUACCCUAUAUGAACGCGUCAUUGCAGACCUCGGCCCCGACAAGGUAAGCCGAGUGGCACAAUUAGAGCCACACAAGGCCGACGCAUAAGGCGAUACUGGCUUUGUUCCCCUGGGCCGCCGCCACAUUGAUGGGCCACCCGACUCUGCUUUUAUAAGCCGGCGAGCGUGUGCACACACCAUCCAGAACAUAAAUCAUGGCGCACCCACUAUACGCGCUCUGCCUCCCUCCACCGACGUACAGUGGAGUGUGGGACGUCGGACUGCAGUGUCACCGGACAAUCAAAAUCCUUCGCCGAGGGCCACUGGUCAGCAAAUCUUAUCUCACAAGCCUCAGCCACGUCGUCAAACGGGCCGUCAAACGCAUGAGGGUUCUUUUCAAGCGAGCCAAGGUCUUCGGGUACAUUUCCGGUCUCGUUAGGGUGCUCGGCAGAACGGCGAUCCUGGCUGCCAUCGUCUGCUUGCGGCCGCUGGUCUUGUUCGAAUGCUUUGCGCUGUGUAUCGUGGUGGCGGAUGUAGCCGACAGUCCCAUGACCGCGGCGUCGAUUUUGUUGAAGACGUUCUGCGUCGCGUACGGGCUGCUACUUGCUGCGCAUGUACUAGAUGCAUUGUCUUUGUGAGCGUCGAUAGAAGUAGAUCAGUCGUAGGAAGUACAACAGAAACGCGUAUGUCCCGACACGGCAACUCGACCAUGGAGCUGUUAGGAAUAUGGCCUUUUAGACACUUGUAUUAGCUCUUAAACUGCGCUAUAGUCAAGUUGCGUCAGAUGAUCAAGAAUAAAGCUUAAUAAAGAAAAGGACGCUUGCUCGGCUUUCGAGAACUUCGACCUAUCUCGCACUGCACUCGCAAAGCCAAUCGGCCUGCAGUCCUUAUAUGGUGGUCAAAACCCAAUAGACAGUGGGCGGAGACCUCGAGUGCGCACCGCGAAAUGUACGAGUGCCGGGCUGAGAUUGGCAGUGCAAUUGAUAGUGAGAUUUGCGUAAGCAAACAUCAAGCACGACGGCACUGAGUGUCCGCUCUCUACUUCGUUUUAGGGUCCACGACAUAACUGCUGGCACCUUUGUCGCGUAGCUUUAGUUCCGGCACGCGUUGCGGCGCGUGCCAAAGCACCUCAAAAUUGGACAACGACGGUGCAAACAUUCUGCAAAUGAAGAGUGACGCUAAUAACAACGACACAGGCAAGGAACGCACGACAAGCCGGCAUCGUAUCGAUAAGCUAUCUUCAGCACGAGAACCCCUCUCGUCUAUUCUCGCUUGCCG